AUGGCACGAGGACGGCCUUCAGGAAGCAAGAACAAAUCAGGUCAUUUGGCCGGAGGAGAUAGAAAAUCAAGGAAGUACAAGAAACGAUUGGAAGAGGAAAAAGGGGAACAACAACGACGCACCGAUGAUUUUUUCAAACAGAGAAAGAAAGCAGUGGAACCUCCCAAAUGGACAGAUCACCCGGUAUGCGAAAAAAACUUUGAAGAAUCGCAAAGAAUGCUUGCAGAAGUGCUCGAUCACCCGUCAAUGCCCAAAGGGAAAAAUGUGCCUACGCUUGGUAUCAUUGACUCUACAUCCGACAAUUGGAAUGUCACCUAUGACACUUCGCCUACUACAGACAAUGAAGCCAAAUACUACAGAAGGGCGAUUAUGCCUCCCAAGUGCACGCCAUUGCAAGCAUUUCUUGAUCAUGCAAAGGGUCAGAUUGAAAACAAUGGCCUCUGGAAGUGCCGCCAAUACUACUAUCGGACGCUUGAGUCACCAUUGGCUUGUGGCCUUGGGUCGUCGCCAGCUCCAGACAAGUUCUAUUUGCCAGAUAUGGUUCGGAUUUGGAAACCCAAGGAACAGUUCCACAGCAUUCAGUUUGAUUACAAGUGCCCCGACUGCAAAUCUUGUUCCAUAGAACACAACGCACAGACUUGGCGUCCAGCAUUUGAGCACAAUGAGAUCCGAUGGGUCUAUUGCCAUCGCUUGCUCUGUAAAGAUUGUAAGGCUAUGUUUAGUUCAACUGAUCCUUCUUUCCUUGGAAUGCUUCCCACUAGCAUUGCAGAAAGCUUUGAGUUUGUCUUCCCCCCACAAGGACCUGGGGUGCAUCGAGUCAUGCUUCGUCGGUUGUCACUGCAAAUAGACAAUCAUGUCCUUUUUGGAGCAUGGGCCCGUGAGGUCAAUGAUCUCAUGUGGGAAAAGUACUUUCAAAAGUGCAAUCAGUACUAUGAAGUCUUAAAUGAUUGGCUUGGAAAAUGGCCAUCACCUUCCUGCUAUGACGGCAUGGUGCCUUUGCACGCAAGGGUUGGGAAGGGGGAAUAUGAUGGCCGACCGAUUGUCCCCUACUCAGCAUUUGGUGCAGCUGGGCAUCAUAAUGGAAUCAUGAUGACAGAAGGCCUGGCAAAGACACUGUUUCGGCUUGUAGAAGGCGGCAAAAGAUUUCAAUAUAAUCAGAAUUCUUCACUGGCGAUUUCCUGCCAACUUUAUUUCAAUUCCGAAAUGGUAUUAAUGCAACCCGGUAUGGUCGAGAGUGGAGACGCCAUGUUCACAAGUCAAUCAUGA